AUGGUCAGCUUUGAUGUCGUGUCACUCUUCACCUGCGUUCCCACAUCCGACACAAGCACUAUAGCGAGUGACCGACUCCAGGCCGACACCAGCCUCAAGGACCGCACCGACCUCACCCCCAACCAGCUUCAAGACCUCCUCACCACCUGCGUCGAUUCUGCCAGCUUCCAGUGGCGGGACAAAUUCUAUGAACAAACAGCUGCAACCUCCAUGGGAUCCCCUAUAUCCCCGAUUCUGGCUGGCAUUUUCAUGGAAGAGUGCGAGCAGACCGCCAUUGCCACAGCAGACCACCGCCCAAAGAUCUGGCUCCGGUAUGUGGAUGACACCUUCGUCAUCUGGGAGCACAGGCAAGACAACCUUCAACUCUUCAUGGACCACCUCAUCGUGCUUCACAGCAGCAUCCAAUUCACCAUGGAACAAGAGAGGAAUGGCAGCAUUUCGUUUCUUGACGUUGAGGUGUCCAGAAGGAAGGAUGGAAGUCUGGCCCGGAGGGUUUAUCUCAAGCCCACCCACACCGACCGGUACCUCAACAGCGCCUCCUUCCACCACCCCAAAAUCAAGUCAUCGGUCAACAGAGCCCUCAUCCGCCGAGCCUACAACAUCUGCGACCAAGAGCACCUACACAAGGAACUCCACCACAUCUCCACGGCACUCCAACGCCACGGAUACCAGCCCAAGCAGAUCAAGACCCAAGAUCAAGUCCCCCUCCCGGCCGUAGGGUCUCCUAUACCCAAAGCCAACUAG